AUGGAUGGUUGUCACGUGGAGAAGCUACCUAGAUCUAUUGGGAUGAUGAAGAAGCUUGAAGAGCUACAUGCUGAUAGCAGCUCCUUGAAAGGCGAAAUCCCCACUGAAAUAGGCAUGUUGUCUUGCUUGAGAGUCUUGGAGUUAUCAUCUACAAAGAUAUCCUCAUUGCCCUCUGAAAUUAGUCAGCUCUCUUCUCUCCAAAAAGUCUCUUUGAGAUGUUGCCAUGGACUAGAAGAUUUGCCGAGGCUUCCCAUUUCGUUGUUAACGUUACAGGUCAUGUCAUCGGCAUUGAGGACGGUCCCUGACCUCUCCGGACUGAAUAACCUCACUGAUUUACUCUUGCUCGGUUAUAUCCAAGGGUAUCAGUUUAGUCAAUUAAGCCAAUCUGCAGAAUCAAUGAAUCCGAGUAGAUGGAUGAGGAAUGAGUGGACGGUGAAAAGAAGAAUUGGUCAGAUUAUCAAUCUACCGAAACUGGAGAAUCUAGUGCUCCAGCUUUCGAAUGUUACCAGCUUACCAGUGGAGAUAGGUGCUUCUCAAGUACUCAAGUUUCUCGUAGUGGGUGGUCCACAAUUACGGCACAUCCCUCAGCUUCCGUCCAGUCUCUCCACUCUGGUUUUCUGGUGCUUGAAGUUGAAUGGGAAGCAGCCAUGCCUUUCAAACUUGAAAAAGUUGACAUCUCUAGGUUUCCUCGAGUGUUCGAUAGGAGAAGAUGGUUUGGAAUGUCUGGGAGUUGGAGAACUCGAGCAACUGGAAACACUCAGUAUUUACUGUGACACGACAGAUCUUACUGGUCUUCAGCUCCCGCCAAAUUUGCAGAAACUGUAUGUAGUUGACUGCGCUUACGUGAGGAGAUUACCGGAUCUUUCACACUUGAAGAAUCUGAAGUUGUUGAAAUUGCAAAACUGCAAACAACUCGCGGAGAUUCCAGGCCUUGGAGAGUUAGAACCGUUGCCAAAAAUAUCUAUUGUUUCGUGCGAUUCAUUGGCAAAUCAGGAGAUAAGAUCAAAUAUGCCAGAAGAGACCUUAUAA